UUGAGAUGUGUUUUAGCAGCAGUAAAUGGCACACAGCAGAAGAAAGAGGAGGAGAAAAUUGACAUCGAGAGCUUCAUCAACGGAGUUCGUGCUCGUGGCGGAACACUUGUCGUCGCAAAACAGAAGAAUGUGAGUGAAGCGGCUAGGGAACUCAGCAUUAAUGUUGGCGAUAUCCUUGAGGUUUUGGAUGAUAGCGGCGAGUGGUGCUGUUUGCGCACCCCAACCGGCCAGACUGGCCAUGUUCCACGUCGUUGUAUUGAAGUUCUAGAGGAGAACAUGGCAGGACCUAGUAGACGUUCACUUCCUCACGAUCGCUCCAAGUCACCGCGGGAGAAGAAAAUAUCAAUUUCCAAACGCAGCAGCGGAACGACACGCAAGUUCAAGAAAGCCCCACAGGAACCUGAGACCGAGGUGUCCGAAACUGCCAGUACUGAUGAAAACUACGACGGUGGAGACUACGUGCGUCGAAGUACUUCUAGUCGUACAAUGAAGCAUCACUCUUGCGUUUCCUGCUGCGACGGUGGAGCCCGUUCCUGCCACCAUCACCAUCACUCUAUGUCACCUCCAAAACAAGAACCCGUGGCUAUGGCCACGGGCCAACAGUACCAGUCAAUGAACGUGCAGCCUUUGCAACAGCGUCCCACUGGUCAGCCCAUCAUACACCAGGGUGCUAAUGGCCAGCCAUCGGUUAUUGUGGUCCCCUCAGCACCCAGUCAACCGGCUCCUCCUAGACCUCCCCCUGUGCACUAUUUGGUGACUCCACCACCACCACCACCACCGCCACCACAACCUGCACCACCUCCACAACCACUCAUUGUUCCAAUGCCUUACCCGAUGCAGCAGCCGAUGAUGCAACCACCCAUGAUGGCACCGCCUGCGAUGGCACCAACUAUGAUGCCACCUCCUAUGAUGCAGCCUAACAUGGGAUCCUAUGGAAUAUAUGGCACACUUCCACGUGGAACACCAGUUCCCAUGGACCCUUUCUACGACGGAUACAUGGAUUACGAAGGAUUUAGACGUAGACGCUCGUCGCCCUCACCUAGAAGAAGCACACGGCACAAGCAAAAGGGCAAUGGGAGGAGGAAGAAGAAGGUUGAUCGCUCAAAGAGUGACAGAAGUAGCAGCAGCAGUAGUAGUAGCAGUAGCAGUAGUAGUAGUAGUAGUAGCAGCUCUAGUCGAAGCAGUUCAUCCCGUUCAAGCGAUAAUAAAGGACGCUCAAAGGGCAAGAAACACGUUAAGUCAAAGAAGGAGAAUAUUCCACAGGCUCCGCCACCACCGCCACCCCCUCCAAAGGAAGACACUUAUGCACCCCAUAUGGAGACGAUGAAUAGGGAGUUGCAGGAGCGCAUGAAAGCAAUGCGUGAGGGCAACUCCAAUGGACUAAAACCGGCAUCACGUCGAAAGUUAAACGACUCCUGGAACGCCUCUCAAGUCUCCUCCAAUGGUGCCGAUCCGGCCACAGAGAUAGCUCGGUUGGCUAACAAGUUUGGCACCGCACAGGUUCGUCUAAGAAUCAUAAUCUCUGCUACACAUUCAGCCGAAAUCGUGCUCUCUAAUCUCAUUCACACUGUCGCCAAAACAGGUUGGGAGGGGAGGGGAUGUUACAGCCUUAACGCAAGUUUUGCCUUUUUCAGGUGA